AUGACGAACAAACGAUGGACUGCAGACGAGGUUCAUCUGCUGAUCAACUAUCUGAGCAACCACCUCAAUCUCUACACAACGGGUGUCAAAGAGCGCUUUUACGAAGGCGCGAGUGACUUCUUGGCCAAGCACAAUUAUGGUAAGAACAAGAAGCAGUGCAAGACCAAGUGCAGCGAGUUGAAAUCGGACUACAAGCAGUACAAGCUAAAGCUUGCCCAGUCUGGCUUUGGGCUGCAAGCAUCAGACCCGCCGACCAUCAAAGGGCAGGUCGACAGUAGUUACAGUAGUUCAAGUCAAUCCCAUGAUGCGGCUGGCACGGACGAGGCUGCAGACGGACGCCAUGACCUAGCGAAGGACGGCAGCGCGGCUGCGAAACCAGUACCCAGCCAGGUAAGCGGUAAGGGCUUGCUAGGCAAACGGGCUCUUACGCCCGCUGGCGCGACUACAGUUGCUGGUGCUAGCAACUUGCACGACGCCUUGCUGCUAAUUCAUGAAGAGAAGUCGCAGCGCCGCGAGAAGAGACACAAGCGCGACUCGGAGCUGCAAGAGCAGCAACUGGAACUACAAAAGGAGCAGCUAGAGCUGCAACGCGAAGAAAUGCGUCUGCGUGAAAAGUAA